AUGAGGAGAGUCCUGGAUGGGCUGUCUCCUGCAGGUGCCCUCCUGGGGACCCGGCUACAAGCCAGGCACUGCCCAGGCCUGGCACAGAAGGGCCACCGCCAGGUUCCCAGGGCGACGCCCAGCCGCCGAGACACACCGCGGGCGCGUGACCCCUCUUACAGCCACCGGGAAGGUUUCCGCUUUGGGGUGUUCACCAUAGACGGGCAGGGCAACUGCUCACAGGGCUGGGAAGGAAGGAACACUUCUCUUACGGGGACAACUCCGGGCAGGCGGCGGACGCCGCUGGUGAGCUGCUUUCCGAAGACUGGGCGGCAGCCUCGGACCCAGCGUCUGCUGCGCUCGGGCCCCCGGGGUGGCCCCGGGGCGGACGCCGCCCGACCUGGAAGGGCCCCAGGUGGGUGCCCGGGCGCCCGAGCGCUGACCGAGACGCCCUCGCCCGGCCAGCCUUUCGCCUUCAACUGCUCUCAGGCGCCGCCGACCUCCGCGGAGGCGCAGGCGACUUGGCAUAAGUAUCCUGGCGGAAUUCCAGUGUCCCAAAGCAGGUCGUCUAGGAUUUACCAAGACCAGACCUGGAUUUUGUUUCUCCCGGUGGCACCGGGGGACUCCGGGAUCUACCAGUGUGUGAUAAAUGAUACAAAUAUGUGUCCCCAAAUCCAUCUAAACCUAACGGUGCUUGAAAAACAUUGGUGCAACUCUUCCAGAGACAGUCAAAUGAAUGUAUCUGGUGAUUACAAACAAAUAUUGCAUGUUGGGAAAGAUGAGAGCCUGACAUGUCAUCUGAAUUUCCCGAAGAGUUUUGAUGUGGACUCAAUAAAGUGGUAUAAGGACUGUAAGAAAGUUAAAGGAGGGAGGUUUACUCACUGGAAACUAAAGCUUUCUGUGAGCGACGUCUCUGCAGAAGACGGCGGGGACUACGCCUGUGAGGCCCGGCUGAGCCACGCGGGCAGGCAGUACAGCGUGUCCCACAGGAUCGCCGUGAGCGUCGCAGAAAAUUUUGGAGAUGGAAGAAGAAUCCCUAGCAUAAUUUAUCCAAUAAACAAUACAAUUGAAGCACAACUUGGCUCCGCCCUUGUUGUGAACUGCAACAUAACAGACACGAGGGAUAACACAAACCUUCGAUGCUGGAAAGUCGGGACCACCUUGGUGGAUGUUUACUACCAGGAGUCCAGGCGGAUCCAAGAGGGAAAUGAAACCCAAGUUUCUUCUAAGGAGGAGAACUUUUACACCGUGAGCAUAAGCUUUUCAGAAGUGAGAAUGGAAGAUUACGGCCACCCCUUCACGUGUCACGCUGGCGUGUCUGCGGCCUACUUUAUUCUAAGACCCCCAGUGCCAGACUUUCGCGCUCACUUGAUCGGAGGGCUGCUGGCCUUGGCGGGUGCGGCAGUGUUUGUCGUGUGCGUCUGCAGCGUCCUUAGGAUCGACAUUGCACUCUGGUAUCGGAGUGCCUUCCAUUCUGCUGAGACCGUAGAAGAUGGGAAGCUGUACGAUGCGUACGUCUUGUACCCCAAGCCUCCACACGGACGCCAGUGCCCCACCGUGGCCACGCUGGCCCUGCAGGCUCUGCCCGAGGUGCUGGAGAGGCAGUGUGGAUACAAGUUAUUCAUAUUUGGCAGGGAUGAAUUUCCUGGACAAGCUGUGGCCAAUGUCAUUGACGAAAAUGUUAAGCUGUGCAGGAGACUGAUCAUCAUAGUUCCUGAAUCGCUGAGCUUUGACCUAUUAAAGAACAUGCCAGAAGAACAGAUUGCAGUCUAUAAUGCUCUCAUCCAGGAUGGGAUGAAGGUCAUUCUGAUUGAGGUGGAGAGAGUCAAGAACUAUACAUCCAUGCCGGAGUCAAUCCAGUAUAUCAAACAGAAGCAUGGGUCAGUCCAGUGGAGCAGGGACUUCACGGAGGAGUCAUGGUGUGCAAAAGCUAAGUUCUGGAAAAAAGUGAGAUAUCGCAUGCCACCCAAAAGGUUUCCACCACCUUCUCUUGCCAGCUGCUGAAAUGCACGCCCUGUGACCUCACAGCUGACAAGUGGGAGGCCAACACGGAGUUCUCUGCCCCACGAUGGAGAGUUUGUCCUCAUGCAGUGGCUCGCAGCUGGACACUGGCCAUGUUCAGCCGUCUGCUUCAAGUUUGUCCUGUGUACUUGUGAGAGGGACUGUGUUUGUUUGUUUGUUUUGAUCAAAUACUUCUUUAGGGAAAGACAUCACCUCUCGAGAAGGCCCUCAUUAACUUAUUGGCUCUGAACACCCAUGAAUAUUUGCUGAGUAUGGAGUAGAUUUAGCAUUUGAGCCACUGAAAAAUGGGACACAGGGAGCUGUAGAGCUAUAGUUCAGAUGCCAAGACAUUAGUACAUGGUGUGGCACCUGUGAGGCCAGAGAUGGGAGGCUGAGCAGUCAGGGGAUGUCAGGAAGGCAGUCUGUGGGCUUGGAGAGGGCCAGCAAGGAUAACGGCAGUUUUUAUGCCUGACCAGUGUGCACAGGGCCCUGGUCCUCAGAGCAUAUUUGCUGUGUCUAUGAGCCCUUCUCACUCCUCUAGUACAAAUAGCCUUGACCACAGUCUUACCAGGUUGAUGCUGGAAGCAACUUAGAGGUCACCUAGACCAGUGGGGUUAACAGUGGUGACACUGGAAUUGCCCAUUAAUCACCCUCCUGGUGAGCCCCAUGCUUUGAAAGACUUUACCUGUCCAACCAAAAUAAGUUAUAAUUCACUCAUUUUUCCAGCUGGCUUGUGUCAGCCAGAAUUCUGAGCAGCAUGUGAGAGGCAUGGUUAUCACCUUGAGAUGAUGUCAUUAUAAUAAGUCCAAGUAAAACAUAGUAAUCAUUCAGUUAGCCAGUGCACCCUCAUCAUAGCUCAAUGUAUGAUUUAACAAGUCACAAAGACUUUUGAUAAUAAAAAUUAGCUGUAAACUCUUA